AUGUAUAUAUAUAUAUAUAUAUAUAAAGCUUACAAAAAAUCCUCUUUAAAAAAAAAAAAAAAAACUCCAAAACCAAAACUCUGCUACUGAACUCAAUACGAACUCGGUUGUCAUGGAGUCGCAGCAGCAAGAAUCGCCAUCUCCGACGCUUGAAGACUGCUUGAAGCUUCUGAAAGGCGAGAGAGAUGAACAGCGCCUCGCUGGUCUUCUUCUUGUCACCAAAUUUUGCAAAAGCGACGACCUCGCUUCCCUCCGCAGGGUUUACGAUGCCGUAGGGGUUCGCUUUCUCGAUCGCCUGCUCAGGACUGGCAUGGGAAAAGGAACUAUAAGUGGCGUUACAGGUGAAAAUUGUGAUGCGUAUUUGCAGCUGUCAGUUACAGUUCUUGCUGCAUUUUGCCGCGUCCCUGAGAUUGCUGCUUCAGAAGAUAUGGUUUUGAAGAUUCCAUUGGUCCUGGAAAUUAUAACCAAACAAUCUGGCUCAUCUGUUCAUGAAGAAUGUUUUGAAUUUUUAUAUUUGGUAUCAUCUGCUUCUGAAGAUGGAGUCAUGACACUGUACAAAUCUGGAGGCAUGGAAGUGUUGGCUUCUCCUAUAUCUACCUAUGUUGAGGGUUCUCAUUUGGCCAAGCUCGCUAUGAAACUUGUGGAUUUGCUGCUAACUAAGCUGUCUCUUGAAACGAUUUGCAAUGACUAUCUAUCAGAGUUCUCAUUGAUUGUGGUCCAGAUAGCAAGGCAAUUUGCUGUCUUACAUGAUGCUGUAAAAUUUGAAGCGCUCCGCCUACUCUCUGAUAUUUUCUCAACAAAAAAUUCGGCACAACUUUAUGAGGCUCUUCGUGUUCUGCCAGACGUCAGUUGGUCAAACUGUAUGCGUGAUGGCAUUGUGGCCAUUCUGCAGAAUCGUGUUGCACCUGCUGAAAAGCUUCGGGCGCUUAUUUUGGCGGAGUCGAUGGUAUCCAUCCUGGGGGAGAGAUGGUUGAUAGGUCAGAUAAACUUACCUAAUAUGAAGGAGCCUAUUCCAGUUGACAGGUGUCUAUUGCUUGUUCUAGAGCAAUCAAGGAUUGAAGUUGCUGUUCUUCUAAAUGAGCUUGCCUACUUGAAAUUUGAAGCAUCUAAGCAAUCUUCCUCCCUUGAUGAGACAAUUCUUCUUAAGCAACGCAAUGUGGCUAUUUCCUUUUCUUUGGUGGAGAAGAUAGUUAAAUUAAUAUCAGAAUUUGGUGAAAGUGAAGAGAACAUUAUUGAUGAUGAUACGUUCGUAAAGGUGAUUAAUGGACUUAAUGAGACAAUUGGUGUUGUUUUGGAUUACUUACAAGAUGCAAAGGAACAUGGACAGAGGAAAGGAGAUGAUCUUCUUGCUUCAGUACGGGUUAUUGGGAGCUAUCUUGCAGAAACACCCCUUGCAUGCAAGGAGAAGGUUAGUGGACUGUUAGAUUAUAUGCUCUUCAUUGAAGGUGUAGAUGAGCCAAGCCCAUUCUACUCCACAUGCUUUUUGCUUCCAAUGCUGUGUCAAAUGACAAUGGAGGUUGAGGGAUGUAAGGUUUUGGUUUCUUGUGGAGGGCAUAAAGCUGUUUGUGACUGCCUCAUAAAAUUAAUUGGCCAGCAGAGUUGUAUGGCUGAGGAUGAUGGUUCCAUUUUUUUGGCAUGUGAUACAAUUUUGAAUGUUCUCUUGAAGAAAGAGCAAGUGCAAUUCACAUUGGAUGAGUCAACUCUUGUGAAUCUCUUGAAAGCGUUGGCAUGUUGGACAGAGGGUACUGAUGAUCCGACGGUUGUCAUGAUGGCUUCAAGCAUUUGCACGCUGGUUUUUGAUUUUACAUCAGAGCAGGCUCUUCUAAACCAUCCUAACAUUGACCAAAGCACUCUUAGUAGCCUCUCUCGGCUCAUUGCAAGAAGUCUGUCUUCAUCGAGACAGGAUAUCUUGAAAGAUGCAAAAGCAAAUUCGGAUCUUCUUGAGAUUGUUACUGCAGGAUAUUCUAGGUGGGCUUCCAGGUUUCCUCAUGUAAGAGAGGCAGUUGAAAGAUAACUUUGUGAUGAUACCCAGUUAGACAGACAAUGAAUAUGGGGAAUCACCUAUGUGUUUCACCACUUGCAGUGUCUCAAGGAUGACAUAAAAAGCUUAUGCUUUUCAAUUUUGUACGGCUUCAGCAAUCACCUCUCGCUCUCUCGUUUCUUAGCAUACUUCUUUUCCACAAAUUGUAUAAUAUGCAUAAUUUUGCUUUCAAGUUAUUUUGUAAAGUUAUUAUUUUUUCUGUAUAUAUAUUUAAAUCAUGUUUUAUUAGGGGCAAAAUGGAAGUUUUCUUCCUCA